CGGCGAGAUGCUCAAACGACGCCAACAGCAAGAUGGCCUCCUGCGUGAGCUCACACGACGAGCAGAGAAACCUCCAUGGAAUCCCUCAUUUUCGACCGCGUUCAGGCUCAUCAUCCUCAUCAGGGUCGCUGCUGCCAUGUAUACCUCUGUGACGAUGGACUGCGACGAGGUCUUCAAUUACUGGGAGCCUCUCCACUUCAUGCUCUACGGCUACGGCUUCCAGACUUGGGAGUACUCGCCACUGUACGCCAUCAGGAGCUGGUUCUAUCUCGCGCUGCAUGCCUGGCCCGGCUGGCUUGUUUCAAGCAUACAUACCCAUGACAAGGUCGGCAACUUGCUGUUAUGCAGCUACAUGCUGAGCCUUGCUUGGCAGCGUCCUGUCUUUUUUGCGCUCAGAAUAAUGCUCGGCUUUGUCUCGUCAGCAGCAGAAGCGCGGUUCUACCGCGCCAUCGUCGAAUCAGUCAACGUCCGUGUCGGACGAUACACCCUGAUUCUGAUGAUCUUCUCGGCAGGCAUGUGGAAUGCGGCAACGACAUUUCUGCCGUCAACUUUUGCCAUGUAUGCCAGCAUGCUCGCCUAUUCGUUCGCAAUGUCACCAGUCUCUUCGAGCUUUCAGCGAACAGUCCUCGCGACUGUCUGCUUUGCGGCAGGUGCGAUUGUUGGCUGGCCCUUCUCCAUCGUUCUCGCUGUCCCCUUCGUCUUCGAAGAGCUCGUCCUGUCAGGCGCUCAGACGGUCAAGCCGGGGCAAGCUGCUAUCUGGGCGAGAGAUAGAUUUGCGCGUCUCUUCGCUGCAGGAUUGGUGGCGUCGCUUGUGCUUCUCGUGGCAAUCGCGUUUGAUUCGUUCUGGUAUGAGAAGCUCGUCGUUGCCCCGCUCAACAUUGUCACGUACAAUAUCCUAGCCACGUCGCCAGAAAGUGGACCACAGAUCUAUGGCGUAGAACCCUGGUACUUUUACCUAUUCAAUCUCGCGCUCAAUUUCAAUCUGGCCCUACCCUUGUCACUUGUAUCGCUACCUGUCCUCGCAUUCUCGCGUCUUUUCGACAGCAAGCGAAUCAGCUCAGGCUUGUCACACAAAGAUCGGACAUCCAAUGCUGUACUCGUAGCGGUUCGUCUGGCGCCCUGGUACAUCUGGCUCGGCCUGCUCAGCUCGCAGCCUCAUAAGGAGGAGCGUUUCAUGUUCCCUGCCUACCCACUGCUGUGCUUCAACGCGGCCGUUACGCUCUACUGUAUCCGGGGCUGGAUCGAGAAAGUGUACACGGGUUAUACGAAAUCAGCUUUCAAGGCAUCCCAGACGAAGAUCUUUGCUCGCUUCACAAUGGCCAUCCUGACCCUGGCCACGCUUCUGUCGGCAUCUAGGAUUCUUGCAGUGCAACGGUACUAUCAUGCGCCAAUGGACGUCGCCUUCCAUUUCUCGACCAUCGAAUUGCCAACGCUGGCGCUCAAGCGCUUCCCUGAGCUCUACCCCCAAGUACUCUCAGAUCGGAGCAAAGACUACGCAACAGCCAUCGCUUCUGCCGAAGAGUUUGUAGACCUGGCGCCGUUGCGUAGCCUCAAUAUUUCGAUCUGCUACGGCAAGGAGUGGUACCGCUUUACAGGCCAUCAUACAAUCCCCAACGAAGUAUCGGCCAACUUUAUCGCUAGCGACUUCCACGGCCAAUUGCCAAAGAAGUUCGAGAGCGCCAUACAGACCGGUUGGCAGGGUCGUCAAUCUGUCGCAAGCAAGAUUCCCACAGGCUUCAAUGCGGUCAAUCGGGAGGAGACAGAGGGCCGCUUUGUUUCCAUCGAGACGUGCUCGUAUCUCGUCGAUCUCGAUUACCUACACAGACCGGCGCCAGAUGCUAGCUCGCUAGAAAAGCGAUACGCGAUUGAUCCGGCAUGGGAACGCGUUAUCUGCUUCGACUUCCUAGACAGCCAGCUGACGCCACAGCUCUCGCGCGCACUUUGGCUUCCGAUACCCCACUACAGGCGACAAGUGGUCUAUGGAGACUACUGCCUGCUUCGCAACUCUGCAUUACUGUAGAUGUAUCAUAACAUUGCAUUCAAGAAUGUAUUGAUCGCCCGAUACGCGCC